AUGGGGCCUUCACACCCGUCGAGGCCAGGAGCAAUGUUCAGCUGGGGAAAGGUGAGUGUGAUCUCAACAGAGGUGACGUACGUGGUUGGAGGACUGGUGUUUGCCUGGAUCGUGGAGGAGCGGGUGUGGGACUACGCCAUCACUGUCUCACUGCUACACGUAGGGCUCACGGUCACUGUCAUGGCCGAUUUCCCCUCCACAGAACACUGGUGGAUCUCUCAGGGUUCAGGAUUAGUGAUGAUGAUCUUCGGUGGUCAGAUUCUCUCGUAUCAUCUGUAUUGGAAGAAUUUUUUGCAUCCUGCAGACCUCCAAAACUUCUGA